AUGCCAAUAAAGACUUGUUGGUCAUUUCUUAAAGAUAAAUUAUUAAUGUAUUUAAAUAUUUAAAAAGUUCCCAUUUAAAAAUAAAUACAUAUAGCUUUACAUUAAGGGAAAAAGAUUAUAAAUCACUAUUAAUCAGUUAGAUUAAUUGAUGAUAACACUAAUAAACCUGCCAAAUAACCAUAGAUCUAUUUUGAAUAAACUGAAUAAUUAUCAAAUGAUGAACUUUAUUGA